GAGCUGUAGUUCUGGGUUCGGUUGCUAUGGCGUUCUCUACAGCCUUCGUCCAGGAAUGACGUGCGGCCUGACCAAUGGAAGCAGCAUAUGGGCCAGCGUGGGCGGGCUUCCUGCAAAGGGACUCCAAGGUGGCGGUGGCGAUCGCGCAAGCCGCUAGGGCCGCUCGAAAGCAGAUAUGAAAGGCUUAUAUUUUCAACAGAGUUCAACAAACGAAGAAAUAACAUUUGUAUUUCAAGAAAGGGAGAACCUUCCUGUUACAGAGGAUAACUAUGUAAAACUUCAAGUGAAAGCUUGUGCUUUGAGCCAGAUAAAUACAAAGCUUCUGGCAGAAAUGAAGAUGGAGAGGGAUUUCUUCCCUGUUGGGAGAGAAAUUGCUGGAAUUGUGUUAGAUGUCGGAAGCAAGGUAACAUUCUUUCAACCAGAUGAUGAAGUUGUUGGAAUCUUACCCCUGGAUUCUGAAGACCCUGGACUUUGUGACGUGGUUAGAGUACAUGAGCAUUACUUGGUUCACAAACCAGAAAAAGUUACAUGGACCGAAGCUGCUGGAACUAUUCGGGAUGGAGUACGAGCCUAUACGGCCCUGCAUUAUCUUUCCCAUCUGUCUUCUGGAAAAUCAGUGCUGAUAAUGGAUGGAGCAAGUGCAUUUGGUACAAUAGCUAUCCAGUUAGCACACCACAGAGGAGCCAAAGUGAUCGCCACAGCACGCAGCCUUGAAGACAAGCAGCGCCUUGAAAGACUCAGGCCUUCGCUAGCCCGAGUGAUCGAUGUAUCUAAUGGGAAAGCCCAUGUUGCUGAAAGCUGUUUAGAAGAAACAGGUGGCCUAGGAGUAGACAUUGUCAUAGAUGCUGGAGUGAGACUAUAUAGUAAAGAUGAUGAACCAGCUGUAAAAUUACAACUACUACCCCAUAAACAUGAUAUCAUCACGCUUCUUGGUGUUGGAGGCCAUUGGGUAACAACGGAGGAAAACCUGCAGUUGGAUCCGCCAGAUAGUCAUUGCCUUUUCCUCAAGGGAGCAACGGUGGCCUUCCUUAAUGAUGAAAUUUGGAAUUUGUCAAAUGUACAACAGGGAAGAUACCUUUGUAUCUUAAAAGAUGUGAUGGAGAAGUUAUCAACUGGUGUUUUUAGGCCUCAGUUGGAUGAGCCAAUUCCACUGUAUGAGGCGAAAGUUACCAUGGAAGUUGUUCAGAAAAAUCAAGGAAGAAAAAAGCAAGUUGUUCAAUUUUAAUUUUGUUCUUUCUCAGACCUCAGUUGGACAAACCCAUUCCAGUAUUUGAAGCCAGAGUUUGCUUGGAAAUUGUUCAGCAAAGUCAAGGAAGACAAAAGCAAGUUGUUCCAUUUUGCUGCUGAGACAAGAUGCUCAGUUAUAUCAAGUUUUUGAAAAGUAUUUGAAAAAUUAUUGCGCAGUGGAGACAAUUCUAUAACAUCUAAAGGGAAUAUUCUGAAAGCCUUUUUAGUUACUGUUUCUGUAUAUUUGCCUCUGUUAUAAAAUUCUUUCCACGAAGAAAACUGCUUAACUGCUUUCAGCAAAAGCCAGGCUACUCUAUUGAUAAAGCUUAGUCUAAUGGUAUGUCAAAAUAACGGUAUUAAUUUUGUAUCAACUUCA